AUGGAGCUCUCUUUCCUUUCUUCACCGCAAAUAUUCCUCACUGUCUUUACUCUUGCUGUUAGUGUCUUCCUCUAUAUUUUCAUCUAUCACCAAACUAACCGGCAAAAAACGAACCAUCCACCGGGUAAUUUUGGGUGGCCAAUUAUUGGCGAAACCUAUCAAUUCCUCUAUGGGAACUCUGAAAAAUUCAUUGGUGACAGAAUGAAGAAGUACUCUCCCAAAGUGUUCAAGACAAAAGUGUAUGGUGAACCCACCGCCGUCCUCUGUGGCGUUGCCGGCCACAAAUUCAUCACCUGUGGCGUUGCCGGCCACAAAUUCAUCACCGCUAACGAGGAGAAGCUUUUCCGGGUGUGGCGCCCACAUUCCCUCCAAAAGCUCUCCCGCGCCCCAUUCCUCCCCAAUGCCACGGCCUCCAUCCCACGGGAAACCAUGGUCAAUGUCACCCGUGCCCCGGGUUUCAUCAAGACCGAGGCACUUAUUGGGUACUUGGGGAAAAUGGACACCAUGAUUCAACAACAUUUCAAUUUGCACUGGGAGGGAAAACAAAAAGUGCAGGCCUAUGAGCUCAUGCACAGAAUGACCGCGACUUUAUCGAGCCGGUUCUUCUUAGGGCUCGAAGAGAAUGAUCCUCGUAUCAAAAAGUUUGCUAGGCUAUCAGAUGGAAUGACGGUCGGGCUCCAUUCUUUCCCCAUAAAUAUUCCUGGAACUGUGUUUUACCACACCAAGAAAGCUGCGGAGGCGAUGAGGAAGGAGGUUCAGCAACUGAUUAAGGAGAAAAAAGCUGUCAUGUCCAGUGGAAUACAAACUCACGACAUUCUGUCACAUAUGAUCUUCAGCAGCAACCCUGCUGUCGGCCGGUUCAAGUCGGAGAAAGAAAUCGCAAGCCUUUCCUCGGCCUUGGUCGUGUCCGGAUUCACCACACCUGCCACUGCUCUAGCCAUUAUCAUGAAAUACCUUGCAGAAAGACCCGACAUAUAUGAUAAAAUUCGUGCAGGUGUAUUGGACCGUGACUACCACAAACAAGAACCUGGAAUGCUUUCCAGAACCAGAAAAGUUUUCUCCGACGAGGUUUGA